UGAUGAGCUAGCUUGUAAGGGAUUUUCCCACUCUGCAUCUUCAAGUUGCUGUAGCCUAGCCUAGCCAUGAGUGAGGAUUAUCUGGACACUGCUGCUCGAGCAGCUUCCUACAAUGUACUGCUGCAGCUCUUGAUGAGAGCUAGCACUUUUGUCCUCAAUGGUUUCAUCCUCAGAUUCAUCCAAGCUGAGCUAUUAGGGGUUGUAAACUUAAGAUUGACUCUACUGUACAAUACCGUGCUGUUCAUAUCUCGGGAGGCUCUGAGGAAGUCCUGUCUCUCUCAGACACCACAGCCUAAGAAGUGGAGACAUGUACUUAACCUAAUGUGGUGCUCUAUUCCCAUUGGAGUGGUGUGUUCGUUGUUGUUUGGUCUUCUGUGGGUGAGUCCUCUACUGGAACAGCCUGCCAUUGCUGGGGACCCUCUGGCUGUGGGAUUAUUUGCUCUCGCUGCUUUAUUGGAGCUCACUGCUGAACCACUCUAUAUCAUGGGUCAGCUGCAGCAGUACGUCACACUCAAGGUACUGGCCGAGGGAGUGCCUCAAAUGUUCAGAUGUGCGGUGAUCGUGAGUGGAAUCCUCUUAGCUCCACAAUGGGGGCUCAUGAUAUUCUGUGCUGGACAGUUAGCCUACUCUGUGGGGUACGUGGUCAUCUACUACGUCUACAUUUUCCGUUACAAAGUUCCGUGUGACGGUGAGCAGCUGCCAGUACGGACUGUGGGGGACCUGUUGCCAAGUACCGACCCAGAGCAGGGGCACUGGAUGGACCCGUAUCUUACACAGUUGUCAUGGAGCUUCCUCAAGCAAUCCUUUCUCAAACAACUACUCACUGAUGGAGAGAAGUACGUUAUGACUCUGUUUGCUGUGCUCAACUUUGCCGAACAAGGUGUGUACGAUGUCAUCAACAAUCUCGGUUCAUUGGCAGCGCGUUUCAUCUUCAUGCCUGUCGAAGAGAGUUUCUAUGUGUUCUUUGCACACACACUGUAUCGAGGGGAGCCGGUGGAAAAACAAAAGCCAGAGAACAUUCCAUUGGUCGCAGACACCCUCGGGGCUCUCAUUAAGUUAGUCAUCAUUAUUGCUCUCGUAAUUCUCUCAUUUGGAUACGCCUACUCGUAUCUGGCACUGAGCAUAUACGGAGGGGAGCUGUUGACGGAUGGAGAUGGCCCCACUUUACUGCGUUGGUACUGUGUCUACGUACUCCUGCUGGCCGUUAAUGGAGUGACUGAGUGUUUCAUGUUCUCUGCCAUGAGUCAGGCCCGGGUCGACAGUUACAAUCGCUCCAUGCUGCUAUUCUCGUUUGUGUUUCUCGGCUCUUCCCUCCUCCUCUCUCGCUAUAUAGGGGGAGUGGGUUUCAUCCUUGCCAACUGCAUCAACAUGGCAACUAGAAUUGCCCACAGCUGUCACUUCAUUCACUCAUUCUUUGCUGCCACCCCCCACACUCCCCUACUAGACGCCCUCCCCUCUAUCUGGUCUAUAGGCUCUCUUCUAACAGCCAUGGCCAUCACAACUGGCUCAGAAGCUAGUCUCUGCUGUGAGUAUGGCUGGCUCUACAGUCUAUUACACAUUGUAGUGGGUGUGGUUUGUCUGGCAUUCACGGGGAUGAUGGUGGGAUUCAGUGAACCCAACCUGGUUCGCUUCCUAAUCGACAGACUACCAAUACAAAAUGCAUUUGGAGCACGCCUGGCCCAGUCAGCAAAACAAUCAGGACUAUAUAAGGAAAAGAAGGAUAAUAAGGAUAAGAGAAGGAAAAAGAAAACAAAUUAAUCAGUCAUUAAUACUACAUCUUUGCUUAAACAUUUCGCUUUACAAUUUUUGUAUCAUACUGACACUCUAAAAAUAAUGAACAUGACGUUACAGUG